GGUUGAGGACAGAAGUAGGACAGAAGGUCCCUGGUAGCUGGAGGAGGGGAAAGUCAGGGGGAUCCCCCACUUUAUUCACACCCAGGACGCAGGGUGCCGCUGCUGGCUACAGAAACCCCAAGAAGGCUUUUCUUUCUACUUAGAGAACAUCUAUUGUAUGCCAGGGUCUGUGCUGAGCUGUUGUUGCCUGACAGCAGGGAGAGUGCUGCUCUGGCUUCUGUGAAGAGGCCGCGGGACAGCCCCCGACUCCAAGAGCCUCGGCACACAUCAGGAACUCAGUAGAUGUCUGCGGGACGGAACUGGGGCAAGAGCACGAACUCUGAGACAGCAGCCCCAGCAAACUAACUGAAGGCGGGGGCGGGGGACUGAGGAGAGUGAAGUGCCAGAGAGAACUCUUCAGGUGUCACUAAGGAAGGAAGACACCCAGACAGAAGGGCGCGGAGCUGUGGGGCUUUGCGGUCCCCGCCCCGCUCGCCCGAAGUCAACAUGGCCGCCGCGAAGCGGGGCGGGGCAGCUCCGAGUCCGGGCAGGAGCGGGGCGGGGCCGCCGUCGGCGGAGUCACUGCGCAGGCGCAGGCAGCUCGGGGCCCGGAUGGAAGAGCUGCUGUUCGGGCCUUCUCUGGGAGAUCGCGAUGGGCCGGCACUGAGGAGCUGGCGGCAGCUUGGGAGCCCGGGAGUUAUUUGGAGCUAAGUGUAGGCUUCAAGUCUCCUGUGGUCGCUGGGGCUAGAGCUUGGCUCUGGAGAGAGGAAGAAUGAAAGCCUGGUGAAGAGGCAGAGAAGCCUGAGGGGGCUCAAUCCGGGCAGCAACAGCCCUGAAUUCCUCGUGGUGAGAGGAUGUGGCCCCUGGACCCAUCCCGGAAAGAGGUGCUGAGGUUUGCAGUCUGCUGCCGUGUCCUGACUCUGGUGCUGCAGGCUCUCUUCAAUGCCGUCAUUCCAGAUCAUCAUGCAGAAGCCUUCUCUCCUCCUCGCCUCACCCCCUCGGGCUCUGUGGACCAACUUGUGGAAGGUCUCCUGGGUGGCCUGUCUCACUGGGAUGCUGAACACUUCCUGUUCAUUGCUGAGCAUGGCUAUCUGUAUGAACACAACUUCGCCUUCUUGCCUGGUUUUCCCCUGGCCCUGUUGGUGGGGACUAAACUGCUGAGACCCCUGCAGGGGUUACUGAACCUACGGAGUUGCCUGUUAAUCUCAGUAGCAUUGCUCAAUUCGUUGUUCUCCGUGCUGGCCGCAGUUGCACUUCAUGACCUGGGCUGUCUGGUUUUGCACUGUCCCCGCCAGGCCUUUUACGGAGCACUGCUCUUCUGCCUCAGCCCUGCCAACAUCUUCCUGGCAGCUGGUUACUCAGAAGCUUUGUUUGCCCUCCUAACAUUCAGCGCCAUGGGGCAGCUGGAAAGGGGCCGAAGCUGGACUAGUGCACUCCUCUUUGCCCUUGCCACUGGUGUACGCUCCAAUGGGCUGGUCAGUGUUGGCUUCCUCGUGCAUUCUCAGUGCCAAGGCAUCUUCUCUUCUGUCAUGGUGCUGAAUCCUCUGAGACAGCUCUUGAAGCUGAUGGGCUCUGUGUUCCUUUCAGUGAUCACACUUGGCCUCCCCUUUGCCCUCUUUCAGUAUUAUGCCUAUACCCAGUUCUGUCUGCCGGACUCAGCCCACCCCAUCCCUAAGCCCUUGCUGCAGUUAGCCUUAGACAAGGGCUACCGGAUUGCAGAAGGAAAUGAGCCACCUUGGUGCUCCUGGAAAAUUCCCCUUAUAUACAGCUAUAUCCAGGAUGUCUACUGGAAUGUUGGCUUUUUGAGAUACUAUGAGCUCAAGCAGGUGCCCAAUUUUCUACUGGCUGCACCAGUGGCUAUACUGGUUGUCUGGGCAACUUGGACAUAUGUGACUACUCACCCUUGGUUCUGCCUUACACUUGGGAUGCGAAGGAGCAAGAACAGUAAGACCCUAGAGAAGCCUGAUCCUGGAUUCCUCAGUCCUCGGGUGUUUGUGUACCAGGUGCAUGCUGCAGUGCUGCUGCUGUUCGGUUGUCUGUGCAUGCAUGUGCAGGUUCUCACCAGGUUUUUGGGCUCCUCCACUCCUGUUGUAUACUGGUUUCCAGCUCAUUUGCUUCAGGAUCAAGAACCACAGCUGAGAUCCCUAGAGACUGUGCCUUGGAAGUCUCCUGGAGGGGACUCUGUACCAGAACAAAAGGGCCCCAGAAAUUCUCUCAUGAUGCUUUUGUACAACUGGAAAACUUGUUCUCUAGUCACACGAUGCAUUCUAGGCUACUUUCUGACCUACUGGCUCCUGGGAUUACUCCUGCAUUGCAACUUCCUGCCUUGGACAUGACCAGAGUCUCAGGGGACAGGCUUGAAGCAGACUUAAGCAGGGGUCUGAAAGUGCAGAUACACCCCAGGGUGCCUGUGCUGCCCUGGGGUCCUUACUCUGUCCAUUAGAACCUCUUUUUCUUGGAAGGUUGGUUAGGAAUGACAGAAGUGUGAAUCACUAUAAAGAGAUGCUUCUGGUCCUGGCUGUGGCAAACUUUGGUUGUAACUAGGUUUCGUAAGAAAUUUUAUUCCAAGUCUGAAGUACACCUCGAUCUGUCUCACCAACCAAGCAUAACAAAACAACCACUGACUCACACAUAAAUUUAAAUGUAAAUUCUUUAAAUCUCAUCAAAGGCCCCAGCUGACGGGCUGGUGAUAGUGCCCACGUGACAGCAGAGGCCUGAGUAGUGUAGCAGGCAGCAAGUGAAGUGGGACCAUCUUUUCAAAAUGGAAUAUUGUUUUUGAUCAUUUUUUUCAUGAUUUGUUCAUGUCGUUACAUGAAAAGGCUUACCAAGAAAUGCAAAUUGAACAACUUCCCAUUACAUGUGUGACAAAUUACCUUUUAAAAAUAAUACAAGUUGAGAAAGUGAUGUUGAGAACAUUGCAUGAUUAGGCAGGUGACCUGCAUUCUAGUCCUCUCAGUAAAACUCCACUUACCAGCUGUUUGACCUUGGGAGAGUUUUCAGAGCCUUAGUUGUCUUUUCUGAAACUAGGGGAAAUGAUACUACCCCUCCGGGGCAGAGGGGAAAUAAACCAUAUAAUCUCUUGUA